AUGAAAGAUGUUUUUUUAGAUUUAUUGUUGUCAUCUAUGUUCGGAGGCUCUGAUUGUUCGAAAAAGAUCCAAAAAUCAAAAGACACAAUGUUUAGAUUCACCCAAGAUGCUUACCAUUAA